UGAAUACCAAUUUACAUAUUAUUAAAGGAACAUAUUACGCUGUGACGCUCAGGAAACAAAACGCGAAUGUGCAAGGAACCAUAAUACCCGCGAAUGUGCAAGGAACCAUAAUACCCGCGAAUGUGCAAGGAACCAUAAUACCCGCGAAUGUGCAAGAAACCAUAAUACCCGCGAAUGUGCAAGGAACCAUAAUACCCGCGAAUGUGCAAGGAACCAUAAUACCCGCGAAUGUGCAAGGAACCAUAAUACCCGCGAAUGUGCAAGGAACCAUAAUACCCGCGAAUGUGCAAGGAACCAUAAUACCCGCGUUUAAACUUGAACCUCCUUCUGGGAUAAAGGGGCUUAAUGCAUGUGCAUUAAAUACCAACCUAGAUUAGCCUGUGCUAUAAGCGGGCUACACAUGUUAGUCUGAGGCACACAUUAAGUAACGUUUUCCUACAGCGCGAUUGAACAACCCACACGUUAAUACGUUUAAACCGCCAUCGUGCACCCUACCCUUCAGCCAGAACCAUUUCCGUGUCAUUGAUCGUCAUGUCGUCCAGCUUCAAGAAAUUUCUCCGGAGCCCUCGCUCCAAGACGAAACCGAGCCGGGGUCACACGAAGGCAGCGACUGGCGACGGACACGACUCGGUCAGCAUGGCAAAGGCACGUGACUGCGGCACUUCCGGUGCGAGUAGCUCAUCACAACAGCGAAUUCCAAACGGCGUCAGUGAUAAAGAAGCCGAACUUCGACAGAUAUUUGAAAUGUUCGACAAGAACAAAGACGGUAAGAUUUCCAGUGACGAGUUGGGGUGUGUACUAAGGACCCUCGGGCACGAGCACUCGCCGCGAGAAGUGGAUGACAUGAUUAAAAACGCAGACAAAAACGAGAACGGGUACGUAGAAUUCGACGAGUUCCUCACGCUCAUGAAGCGCUACCAAGAGGACUCCGAUCCCGACUCGCACCUCGCUCGGAAGUUAGAAGCGUUCCGAGUGUUCGACAUGGACGGUAACGGUUACAUAGACAAACACGAGUUGAUGUGCGUCAUGCGGCGACUCGGCGAGAACCUCACAGAAGAAGACCUCAAAGAAAUGUUUACCGAAGCGGACCUGAAUGGGGACGGGUUUAUAGACUUUGAGGAAUUUUCCCGACUGAAUAUGGCAUAAGGUCCGAGACAGACCGAAAACAGUGUGAACAUCUGUGCAAACAUUUCGCGUAAUUCUUUUUAUUAAUUCAUUAGACUCACCCGCCAAAUUAUAUGACGUCGCGUCUUGUGCAUGACCUCCCAAAGUGCGUCGACGUUUUUGGAAAUUAAGACACUGCAAGGCGGCGUUUUUUGAACCGAUUUUAUUAUGCAUAGACAUCUACAACAACAACUAGAAGUAGCCACUACAGUUAACGUUCAAUGCAUUAGAGUUGGUCUCAUUUGCUCGGCGCCUACGCUGUCAUCUCACCUCGAAUUCAACUCGAUUUUUUUUAAAAAUUGCUCUAGAAACGAAGUAUUCACAGUGCUUGUUCCUGAUUGGAAUAUAUGAAUAUACGGAAUGGAGACAAUUUUUCAGGAAACGCACCCAUUUUUUUGUGGAUAAGGGGGAAAAUGAGCCCAAACACAUCAUCUGUGCAUCCCGAAGAAUGAUUAAAACACCAUUGCCGGAAAUCGUACUGAAAAUGACAAUGACGUAAAACUUAACUUCGAUCACCGCGGUUCCGGUUGUUUUUGCUUUUCUACAUUUAACAAAGGAGAAUUCUGGCACCUUUUUGAUCCGAUCUCUCCAAAAUACUUCAUGUUUAAUACGCAUUUUGUAUUGUUUAGGACAUAUUUUCAGAAUUAUUCUACUUUAAAAUGCAAAUGAACGAAAACAUAAGUAGAUUAGCUACUGUAUUUUUUGCAAUACAUUAAUUCAACUGAUAAUAUCACACUUGAUCGACAUCGGUGUUUUUAAGUUAAUUUAGGCAUUUGCACAUUGCAAGUCAUAAAUACUUGUAAGUGAUCCAUAUUACAACCCCUACAUUUACCUGUAUGUCAGUCAUUUUAUUAGCUCGACUAUUAUAUAUGAAAUAUAUAUAGUGGAGCUAUCCUACUCAACCCGGCGUCGGCGUGACCGUCUGCGUUAGCGUUAGCGUCUGCGUUAGCGUGCAAAUGUUAAAGUUUUCGUACUACCCCAAUUAUUUUUAUUGUCCCUUGACAUAUUGCUUUCAUAGUUUGCAUACUUGUUUACCAUCAUGACCCAACCUCAAAACAAGAGCAUACACCUCUAUCAAGCAUUUUGACAGAAUUAUUGCCCCUUUUAUACUUAGAAUAUGCAUACUAUUGAUAAAGCUAUAUUAAACUUUGCGUACUACCCCAAAUAUUUCCUAUAUCCUUUGACAUAUUGCUUUUAUAUUUUGCAUACUUGUUUACCAAAAUGACCCCAACUUAUAAUCAAGACCAGACAACUCUAUCAAGCAUUUUGUCAUAAUUAUGGCCCCUUUUCCACUUAGAAUAUGCAGCAAAUGUUAAAGUUUGCGUACUACCCCAAAUAUUUUCAAUGUGCCUUGACAUAUUGCUUUCGUAUUUUGCAUACUUGUUUAGCAUUAAUGAUUAUGACCCCAACCUAUAAACAAGAGCAUACAACUUAUUCAAGCAUUUUGACAGAAUUAUUGCCCCUUUUAUACUUAGAAUAUGCAUAUCAUUGAUAAAUUUAUGUUAAACUUUGCGAACUACCCCAAAUAUUUCCUAUUUCCUUUGACAUAUUGCUUUUACAUUUGGCAUACUUGAUUACCAACAUGACUCCACCCUAUAAACAAGAGCAGACCACUGUAUCAAGCAUUUUGACAUAAUUAUGGCCCCUUUUACACUUAGAUAAUUGAAAAUUUUGCUUACAUUGCCAUAAUUUCUUUAUUUAUGAUCACAUUUUAUUUUUAUUUUGACAAAACAACACUUACCUGAAUACCACAAUUGAUUCCACCCAAACAAUACUCCACGUCCCCACCCAGAGUCCCUCCCCCCCAACCUCCCCCCCUCCAUUUUUUUUAAUUUCUU